CUCUCUUUCUCUCUCUCUCCAGGUCCAUCCACUCCACAGACCCACACACCCUUAGUUACAUACACGCGAACAAUCCUCAGCAGCCUCAGGGAGAUACAUUCGACAAGAAGAAAAUCUCAGAAUCUACCAAUCAGAGAAUCUCCUAGCAACACUGCAGGUUACUGCCCAGGAUGGCGGGAAUAAAGGAACAGCAGUUCCCUGAGGAAAAGCCCUUGCUCCCAGAAAAGAGAGGAACUGAUUCAGACAUGCAGGAAAAGGCAUCAGGAGGGGAGCCAUGCCCUUCGAACCCUAAGCCCUUCAACAACCCCCCUCCUCACAGUCGUCCCACUCAUCGUUGGCAUGUCAUCGCAAGACAUUGGCUCCGCCAGACCCGCUGUCGGACCAGCGGAACCCUUCCGGAGAACUGUGACCAGCUGAUGCCAGUAGGCGAUUGGAAGGAACAUGAUGUCGAGACUCCUUUUGGGAUGCUGCAUGUGGUUAUCCGCGGGGCGCCCAAAGGGAACAAGCCUGCUAUUUUCACCUAUCAUGAUGUGGGACUGAACCACAAGCUGUGCUUCAAUUCUUUCUUCAAUAAUGAGGAUAUGCAAGAGAUUACCAAGCACUUUGUGAUUUGUCACAUCGACGCUCCGGGGCAGCAGAUUGGAGCGUCGCAGUUGCCGCAAGGGUACCAGUAUCCCACUAUGGACCAGUUGGCGAGCAUGUUGUCCACUGUGGUGCAGCAUUUUGGAUUCAAGAGUAUCGUUGGGAUUGGCGUUGGCGCUGGAUCGUACAUCCUGGCCAAGUUUGCUCUGAUCUUCCCUGACCUUGUGGAGGGUUUGGUUCUGCUCAACAUUGACCCCAAUGGUAAAGGAUGGAUUGACUGGGCUGCUACAAAGCUGUCAGGACUGACAAGCGCCCUGCCAGAUACUGUACUGCCACAUCUUUUCAGUCAGGAGGAGCUUAUGAACAACACAGAACUGGUGCAAAGCUACCGGCAACAGAUUAACAACACCAUCAACCAGUUCAACCUGCAGCUUUUCUGGAACAUGUACAACAGUCGGAGGGACUUGGAGAUGAACCGCACCGGGACUGCACUGAAUGCCAAAACCCUGAAGUGUCCGGUUAUGUUGGUUGUGGGAGACAAUUCCCCUGCUGAGGAAGGAGUGGUUGAGUGCAACUCCAAGCUUGACCCAACCAACACCACCUUCCUUAAGAUGGCUGACUCUGGUGGACUACCCCAGCUUACACAGCCUGGGAAGCUCACUGAAGCGUUCAAGUAUUUCCUUCAAGGAAUGGGCUACAUCGCUUAUGUGAAGGAUCGGAGGUUGAGUGGAGGGCCAGUGCCUUCUGCCAGUAUGACUCGCCUGGCCCGCUCCAGGACCGCCUCUCUGACAAGCGCCAGCUCCAUGGAUGGGUCACGUUCUCGUGCCUGCACCCACUCCGACAGCACCGAGGGAGUUGGUGCAGUCACCCAAACCAUGGAGGUUUCCUGUUGAGGUGGCAGGGAAAAAAAAUGGGAAGGGAGGGGUGGAGCUACAGAGAGAGAAGCCAUAGGGGGUAACAAUCUCGGAGACUUUAGGAUAUUAAUGUGACAGGUAGACGUUAACAGCCAUGAUCGCUCUCUGUGUUCUCAUCCCCGAGAUCUUUUGUCUGCUAUUUUCUCUCCUCCUGUAUUGUAACAAAACAGUUAAUGUGCAGUUAGAGUCAGAAGUACACAUACUACAUUCAUCGUGGGCAUGAAUGUCACAUUCAUUCCGUAUCUUUCCGUAAUGAUUGAUUUGAAGUUUCCUUUAUCCAUGGUGGAAAGAUUCUUCAAUGGGUUUUAAAGCCUUGAAUUGAGUGUGCACGUUUAAAUUUAAGAAUUUUCUGUAAUCCACACAGAGCCAAAAUGUUUUAUACAUAAUGUAAUAUAUGCACACAUUCAACUAAAUAACACAAUUGUCUGCAGAUGAUCGUUUCGCUUUGCCAUUAUUGAGCUUGACCUUAAGCAUCUGAUUGAGAUAAAAGUCACAAAAGGUACAUUUGAGCAAAAGAUGUAAUUGUGAGUAGGGCUGCAGCUAUUUUUUUUCCAUGGUUUAAUAAUAAAGAAAAGUAAAAAUAAGACAUUUCCUGUUAAUAUUGAACAACAAACUGGUUUUCAUUUUUACAUAAUUUAUACUCAAAUUUAAACAGUGCAAAGGAGUCCACUAGCAUAUUACACUAGUAUACUUUCCUUUCUAAAAACAUUUUAAACAAAUCUCUCCCCGUAGUUUUUGGUCUCAGAGACAAAGUGAACGUCCAGUGUACACUUAAAUAAACGGGUUGGGGCAGGGCAAAAAUGCCUUCCACAAUUUUUUGAGCAAAGAUACUAAAAUUUUCGUUUCAGCCCUAUUCGCGAGUGUUGUACUAUAUGCACAGUAUUUUAGGACACAUCAUUUUGACCUGUGUGGAUUAAAGAAAUUCCACCAAAAAAUGAAAAUGUGCAUCCAAUUCUUGUUUUAAAAACUCAUUGACAGGACAGUUCCUAUCAAUCAUUAAAAGCCCUGAAAUAUAAGAUUUGUGCCAAUGAUGAGUGUUUUGAAACUUCUGAACGCAACUUUAUAUUCAACUGCUAUUCCCAACCCCCACCUUCCUAAUACUCUCCACAAACUCACUCUUGCUACCCAGCCCUUGAAUUUGUAUUCUUGACUAUCUCAUAGUUGUGUUUGCUAAGUAUCCCCUUAUUGGCUCAAGCCCCUUCCACCCCUCUCCCCCCCAGAACAUGGCCCACACAUAAACACGUUAGUUAUUUCUGUAGCAAUAUUUAAUAAAGAGCUGCUCGUGUAAGGAUAUGAAAAGUAGAAUUUGAUCAAGUCAAGGAACAUGUAAGGAGUGCAAAAAUGUGUUUUGUAUCAGCACAUGGUGGUCACAGGAUGUCCAGAAUUUGACAGCCAACUGUCAAGUCGUGCUUAGUCUGUGCGUAAUUGUUGUUGCAUUAUUGCUAGACGACUCACAACCCAUGACACGGACUACUUUAAAGCUUCAUUUAAGUUGUGUGUCUUAGGGGUUGUAUAGACUAGUUUAGGUGUCGACUUUUCUCCACAAUGACCUCUGGUCCGUGAUGCUGACUUUAAUAAUAAUCCUAUUUUCUUACUUGAGAAGGAGGCAGAGCUGCAUGCAGCAUCAGAUGAGUGAAGAACUUGAAGUGAAAAACAAGUGAUGUUAUUUGGCUGUUCCAGCGGAAAGCACAGAGCAAGAGAAAAAAAUAUAUAUACAUAUAUAUAUGUUGCUAUACUAGACGUCGACUUGACUUUCAUUAGAUUGGUGUCGACAAUAAAAAAAAAAAAAUCUGAAGUCACGCUCUCCUGGUGUGUGUAAUAACGUUCCAAGCUGAAGCCAACUCAUCAUUUUUAUUGACCUAAUUUUAAUGACAUAUUUUACAAUUAUGUGGCCCAAGUAUACCUAUACACAAGUUCAACACAAACACAUACUGCCUGACUUCAAGUGGAAUGACAUUGUAUGAUUUGUGAGCUAUUGAAAUGUAUGCAUUGUUUAUGAUCACAUCAACAGAUAUUGCCUCCAAAUGCAAUUUAUUUACGCGUAGAGCAGCUUUAAUAUGAGCGCCAUGUGUAAGUCUAAGACAAUCCACAACAGUUACAUAGUGUAGAAUUGUACUUAGUAACGUCUAUAUGCAUGCGAUUCGUAAUGCUUCAUUAUGUGGGUAGUCGACAUAGUGUUAGAGGGUGGUUUACUCCAUUAGAGCCAAGAUAGUAACUACUAUCGUCAGUCUGUAACUUCACUGCAUGGUUGUGGUUCUGAUUGUAGUCAACUCUUUGUGGUCUCCACUAUGACAAUCACAUUCUGAACAAACAAACAAACAAAAUAAUCUGACAUGUACCGUAUUUUCCGGACUAUAAGGCGCACCUUCAAUGAAUGGCCCAUUUUAAAACUUUGUCCUUAUAUAAGGCGCACCGGACUAUAAGGCGCAUUAAUGCAUCAUGUCAGAUUUUUAAUCCAAAUCAAAUCAUUCUCCAUUUUAUCUUUUUUAUUUCAACUUCAGACGCAACAAAUCGCAAAAUAAUGAUCCAUAGUCUUUUUGAUUCAUGAUUCAUAGUCUUCAGCGGGCCACUUAUGAUUGAUUUCAUGACAUAAUGCUUCGGGCCAGUUUAAGUUUAGGAAUUUGGUCCAUAUAUAAGGCGCACCGGACUAUAAGGCGCACUGUCGGCUUUUGAGAAAAUUUUAGGUUUUUAGGUGCGCCUUAUAGUCCGGGAAAUACGGUACUUCCCUAAAUGUAACUAGCUCCUCUUUGACCAAAGUUAAACGCACACACACUCACACACACUCACUAUAAAUAUAGUACAUUUUACAUAUUUAUACAUGCCAUACACAAUUUGAUGGGCUGGUAUUGAAUGCCCAGAAAAAAAGGCAUAAGGUCACACAUAGUAUUAGAUUAGUUCAUCACUUAAAGUCAGUAUUUUUGUUGGGUGUGCUAUGUAACCAUAAACUCAUAAGUAUUUGUAUGCUUUUAGAGCUUUAGAGUAGGAAAGAUUGUGUGUGUUGGCCCGCUCUUAUACUGGGCCGCAAUAGGUCCCCUGAUUAUUGGAUUAUUAGUGUACAGCAUCAAUGCACCAAUGUCUCCUAUUACAAAAUGUUUUUUGUUCAGGUCAGGCAUAGCAUUCUAUUGCUGAGGUGUGCACAUUUCUGAGAUGGCCUGUGAGGAGCGGGGCUGUUUUGGAGCCAUUUGGGCACCAAGCUCAGAAUGUAGGGCAAACCCCAACCACCUUAAAAAAAAUAUUCCCACUCCCUAAAAAAGGUGCCCCGAUUCUCACAGGUGAACCCGGUUGCACCCUAAAGGGCUAUCAGCUGAAGUCACUUUUAUGAAAAUGUCUGCCACUAGAUGUGUUUUUUUUUUCUGACCACUGAGGGACGGACAGACUGUGGGAUUUUGUUGAUAUUGGAGAAUAAACUGUCCUGGAGUGUAGAAAUCAUGUAAAGUUCAAAAAUACUUAGGAACAUAAAAUAGAGGCGUUAGAAUAAGAUAUUGCAUGGAAAACAGACACCUCAAUCAUUUGCAUGGAGUGGAGAGGAUGUGGAGUGUAUCAAAAAGCAACUUUCAACAUAAACUGUCCACGGGGCUGGGCGGGGGGUGGUAGGGGUGUGUGGUGUUCUCCUGAAUGUAUUUGGUCCUUUUUUGAAGUGCUGUACAGUAUUGUCACCCUAAACCUUAUCCUCUCAGAAUUUCUACACUAUGCUUUGUAUUUCCACUUAAGCCAACAUUAAUGACUUUAUGAUUUGCCCUUCACAAAAGUAGUUUAGAUGACGACUUGUGCUUUGGCACUGAACGAGUUUAGACCUUGGCCCUCCUUGCACUUGUAGAUACAUAUAUAUAUAUAUACAUAUAUUAUUUUAUUUUCUAGAGUAGGUUACUAACACCAAACAAACAUUGAUGUUAGUAUAUGGUGAAAUGUGUUCUUAUUUGCCUUUGUGUUUGAAACAUUAUUUUAGUCAAGUGAUUUGUUCACGUGCAUUAAUACAUGUAUUCUUCUUUGUGUCAUUAAGAUUAAUUUCACUUGAGCAAUAAGUAUGGUUUUCUUCUUGUUUGCAUUGUUUCAUAAUGUCUUCCCUAUGAGCAAUCACACCAGUAGACAGAUUUUUACCUGCUUGGCUGUCAUGUGUGAUGUAAAGUUUAAAUGUUAUACAUACAAAUAUAUAUACAACAUAAGCUGUCACUGUCCCAUGUACUAAUAACAACUACAAGUAACAAGUAAAUAAAGACCUGAUGUCAGUA